GUCACACCAUGGUGCCCGGGACUUGUCAUUGUUCUCGGUGGCCUGGACCAUGGAGGCUUUUUAUAGCUCCAUGCCUGGACAGAGCGCCCAAGCUGGCAAAAUGCAAUGCCGGCGAGGCAGAUAGGUACACCGCAUUAAGUGGCUUGUGCCGGUCCCGCUCUCUCGCGCCUGAUUAUUAUGUGAUAUCACGUGCUAUGGAAAGUGAGGCGCAACCGACUUCUCUCACAUUCGCCUGCACAUGUCCACGCUACUCCAGCGGAUACUUAAAAACAACACAUCAGACAGGUUCAUCGUGAACGGUUCUUGCAUGAUGUCAGCCUGCGUGAAGUGAUCAGCCAGAUCGUUCAACAGCUGUAGUUUUUAGUCAUACUUCCUUGGUCAAAGGAUCAAGGAUAUAAAAGCCCCGGUUGGGGUAGAUUACUAUUGGCUGUUGUGCGUGCGCCGUGCGCCACAGCACCAGAACGGAGAGAUAAGGCUCAACGGUAGUGCAGAAUUUAUGGUGUUUGGUUAUUGCAGGCCCAUGGGUAAAAAUUCUCCAAAACGGGGGAAUUAAUGAGGAGGUUGAUUCCGGCUUGCAACUUUGACACUGGAUGUAAGCGUUGGUUUACCGUGGUCACUCUUUCGUGGAAAAAUCGCGGAAUUGGGUUCAACAUCCUUGCAUGGUGGACAAGUGAGUCACCGUACGUCGUCUUGCUGAGCCUGAUGCCGCGAUAACGACGAUCAUCAACCCCCGACUUUUCUGACUAGACCCCACCGUCCCCCACGUUUCCGUCAUCAGGAGAUCACAGUCCCGAGAACCACUAGCGAUGUAUGCGUAAACCACGCACAAGCUGUGUACAGUAUAUAAAUGCAAACGGACGGGACCAGGAAUGGGCAGUAGCGAACCUCGAGGGCUGGAAUUAAUUUUGAAAAUAUCAGUGCGACGGUUUCGCCACGAGCAGAGACGAAAUUACAGCUGACUUUAAAGUCUCGCUGGCGAAUCAAUCGCCCAUUAUUAUAGUGCAACCGUACCACAACGAUUGCCAGCAAACCGUCACCACUCGACGGAGUAACGAGGCUAUAAAUUGCGCUGCUGCCUUAGAAAAACAAUAAGUCCGUGGGGCAAGCAAAGGUGCUGACGUCUGCCAAAGUAGCUCACAGACCGUCGGUACGUCCCGUCUCACCAGUCGCUCGGGGGGAAGUCGGGCCCGCUUACCUCGUUACCCUGCGGACCCUGUGCUGAGUGACUGCCAACGAGAAACAACUGGUGACCCCGAAGUUUACUUGUGUACAGCUAGCGACGGGAAGGCUUUUCCAACCUCUUACAAUUAUGUGGAUUUCUACCGUCUUUCUCUCAGUUCUCCAAGUCUUUUUGUCUCUCACUCUCAGGUUUGGACAAGUACGGGGAUUCUUUGUCCCAUUCUGUCCCGACAACCGCCGGUUCGCGAACGGGUUCAUCAAGUAUAAGAACCUUCCCCAGGGGGUCAAGACUUUCUACUCACGGGCGCAGCUGACCACCGGCGCGCUUAAGAUAUACAAAUGUCACCGGGGAUUUAUCCUCAAGGGUUCCCCGUCCUCCGAGUGUAUCAACGGGGAGUGGACCAACAAGACGCCGAGAUGUGUCCCAGCCGGUUGUGAGAGGCUACAGCCUACCGUCAACAACUACGACACGGUCCAGUACACCAACGAGCAGCGGUCAGACGGUUCCUACCGGCACGGCACCGUGGUGCAGGUGUACUGCCAGCGGGGCACGUCACUGGUGGACGGGGACGGCUCGUCCACCUGCACGGCCGGCGAGUGGCUACCGGACAUCCCGUUCUGCCUGACCCGCGAGACGCUGACGGCCGACGCGGACCCCAUGAAUGCUGAUCAUGUGUGUGAGCUGCCUCAACUGUGGUCGGGCACCUACCUCAACGACGCCUCGGACUCCGUGCGUGACGGCACGGAGGUGGAGUACGAGUGCUUCCCGUUCGCCGAGCGAGCCACCGACACUCCUGUGCAGUGUUACCGGGGAGAGUGGUACCCAGACUCCCCGAUGUGCGUUGAAAAAAGCUGUGUGAUUCCUGACCUUCCGCCCUACGUUCUCAUAACCAACGACCUGAGCGAUCCCAAGAGGCUAAACCACGGUCUGCACCUGCAGUUUUCGUGCGAGAAGGGCUACCGCAAGGUUCGAGGUGACGAUGAGAUCGGAUGUUGGUUCGGAGAGUGGACGGGCAACGUACCGAGGUGUGAACUAGACUCUUCUGAAGAUUUUUCCACUUGCGGCGUUUCUGGAGACAUCACGCAGCCUAUCCGAGGCCGUGUCAUCGGAGGGUUCGACGCCAACGAUGCCGCUUGGCCGUGGCAGGCCGCGCUGUACUGGCAGAGGGAUGACGGCUCGUGGUUUUUCUUCUGUGGCGGGACUUUGGUGGAACAGAACUGGGUCCUAUCGGCAGGUCAUUGCUUUGGGUACGAUGAGGACAUAGCCCGACUACAGGUUAGACUAGGACUGACAAAUCGCGAGCGGGACGGCGGAACGUACAAAGAGCAGGUCUUCAACAUUGACGGCUUGUACUUACCCAAGCAGCAUGAUUUCAUCAACUUCGACUACGACAUUGCCCUCUUGCAUCUAGCUGCACCGGCUGUCCUCAACACCUUCGUCAGGCCGGUAUGCCUUCCUGAGGUACCUGGACCAGAGGAUGACGUAGACGCUUUGAUCGAAGUGGACGAGUUUGCCAUGGUCCUAGGCUGGGGCCACAGCUCUCCCGUGCCCGCCAACAGCAGCCGGGGCAGCGACUUCGAGGAGGGCCUCCAACAGCUAGAGAUGCCCCUGCGCACCGACACCACCUGCAUCAACAGCCUGAUCCGCAUCGGCGAGGAGCCCGACCAGUUCACCCCUCACAUGUUCUGCGCAGGCUACAACCGCAAGCUGCGGGACGCCUGCUUCGGCGACUCCGGCGGGCCGCUGAUGCGCCGCGUCUUCCCCCCGGCAGCCAGCGAGAGCGACUGGCGAUGGGUGCAGAUCGGCAUCGUCAGCUCGGGGAAGGGUUGCGCGGUGAAGGGACAGUUCGCCUUCUACACCCACGUGCCCAAGCUCAUGUGGUGGGUAGAGUCGGUCAUGAAGGGCAACCAUACGCCCUCAGAGCACGACAUGUAUCUGGUAUGAUUUUGGAGGACACCGUAGUCGAGGAAACGAACUUGGAAAACAAAAACACCGUGCAGAAUACUUGAGCUUAAGCGGGACAGACAAGAUGGGGCUGUUACAGUGAGGAAAGGGCAUGAUAAAGUGAACGAUGGAGAUACCGAAGUUUCUUUCGCUACUUUAUUUCAUCAUUUUCCCUUCAGUUUCCAAAAAUCUUUUUCCCCGCUCCCACUUACAUACAAACCUCUUGAUGCACGUUUGUUAAUAAAAUACAUUUUUGAUGCCCAAACCUCAUAAUCCCUUUGGUUACGUGCUAUGUAAGCUAUCUUUCACUUUUAAAAUAACGUUCCUUUUUAUUCGACAAAUUUGAUUGUUUUAAUUGUUUACUAUUUAAUAGUGCCUCCUUUUAGUCUCUUUAGGUUUUGUGUUUCUGUUCUUUGUUUCUGUUGUGUCUGUAAUGUUUCUUUUAAGAAUUAAUGUUAUAUCAAAAUGUAACGAAUUUCGAACGAGAGAGUGUUGAUUUAAAACACCAUCUAUGCAACCCUAUUGUAAACAAAAUUUGUUCAAAGUUUACUCAAAAUAACAAUACAACAAUGUUCAAACACUCUAUAAUCCACGAUUCACAUUCUAAGAAUGAAAAUAAAGGUUAUUAAGUGUAAUCAGA